CGUGCAAGUAAAGGCGGAAUUACAGUAGCCCGUCACCUCCAUCCGUCCGUCGCGUCGGUCACGUGACUUGCAGCAAAUCGGAGGACUCGUCGAAACUUUGGCAAACUCAUACUUUUGACGGACGGACGGAUGGACAGACGGAUGGAUUAUAUCUAUGGUUUCAGCUGCUGCAGUUAUUUUUAACUACUAGAAUACAGGACUUUGGUGCUUGUAUUACGUCGUUAAUACAUUACGUACAUAUUUAAUAUAAUAACAUUGCCGGUCUUAAAACUCAUGUCCAAACAAUUCAAUCACGACUCUGAAAUUUUCCGAAGAUAUUCUAGUACGAUACGUACAAAAACACGACCUAAAUAGUAAACAACAUCGAAAUAAGUCACAGUUGGUAACUCUAUCUGAUGAUGGCGACUGAAAUGUCGACCGAAACGUCGGUGAUAUAUUCGCUUUGGACGCGGCUACAACCCAGAAGCCAAGUUACUUAAUUUAAUUUUUUUUAUACCUUUUCUCGCAGGUACCGAAAUGGUUCAGAGGUCAAACCACCAGGAGCACAGAAUCUUAUCCGCCUGGAAGAGAUACCUGUCCAGAGCUUCCCCUAAUUUUACAACAUGGGAUAUUGUCACACUGAUGGCAUGCCUCUGCGGGGUUAAUAUUAAGGCCCUUGCCUUCUUGAGCAUAAAUUAGGUGACAAUAGCUUCUUAAGAAUCCACGCGAUUUAAAAUAUUGCUCAAGGUACCCGAGGGGUGCCUGUUUACAGAAAAACAUUAAAGAAUAUGCUGAGGGCGAAUGGUAGUUCAGGUUGCUAGUAAGCUUCUAUUUUGUUGCUGGCUGGGAGUGUCUGUGGAAGGUUUAAUAGUCUCCUGGCUGUUUUCAAGGGAGUGUUUGUGAGUUUAUGUUACCGCGAUGGCACUUCUGAUCGUCGGUGCCAGCACAUGGGCCAUCAGCCAGUGUCCAGUGGAGAGGUUGGCGGAACUGAAAGUCAACUGCUCGCACCGCUUGCUUCAGAAGGUACCCGACCAACUGCCCAACCACACAGACAUCUUGAUCCUCGACCACAACAACAUAACUCUACAAGGGAGAGAGCUGCAAAGAUUCGACCAGCUGAAAGUGUUGUCUCUGUCGGGGAAUGGCAUUCACAGCCUCCCCAGCACUGUCUUCAGUGGACUGGGUCAGCUAAAAAUUCUGCAUCUGACAAAUAACAGCCUAAGCAUCCUAGAUGACCAGCUUUUUAUUGAAUUACUUGAUCUUCGAGAGAUCUAUCUUGAUCACAAUAAACUCCAGUGCCUUCACGAUCAAAUAUUUGGUAACCUGACCAAAAUCAAAAUCAUUGACUUUAGUCACAACUAUUUUAGAGUUCUGAAUGGUGAAGUAAUAUUCAAGCCUCUAUUCGAUAGCCUUAUUUAUCUGAGUGUGUCCCACAACUUAAUCAAUUUUUUAAGCAUGCCAUAUGUCAUGCAUAAUCUGAAGACCAUCGAUGCCAGUCACAAUCUGCUUCAAUCCGUAGCUGAAUUUUACAGCUAUGAAUUAGAAAGUGCUGAUUUUUCCCAUAACAACAUCAGCAAAAUCUUCCUCACUGUUUACAGCCAAGUGCUGGUAGUGUUCAAUGUUUCCUACAACAUUAUCAGUUCAGUUGGCAUAGAGCCUGCCGACUUCGAAGACUACUUCACUGUGGAUGACUUCCUUGCUCCACGAUGCCAGAUGACGAAGGUCAACGUGGAACUCUUCUAUGUCACUAGACGCAACUUGGAUCUGUCGGGAAACGACAUCACUCUCAUGUACAGGCACGCCGGCCACCCUGAUUUGCCCCUCAUAGUCCAGAGCGUGAACUUGGCCAAUAACCCAUCCAUCCACAUGCCCAUCGACCUAGCGAGGGGACUCAAGAGAGUGAGACAGCUUGACAUGAGUGGCACUAACAUUGGACUAAAAAACUUCACACUGAUCAGCGAAAUAUUAAAGUUACCUGACCUGACACUUCUUCGCCUCGUCGGUUGCAACAUUUGCGAAUUGGCACCGCCCAACUUCUUGGUGAGGUAUUUCAACGUUAGCGAAAAAGUAGCUGUCGUGUGCGACGGUGCAGAAUAUGUUGCAAGCCUUGCGAGAGUGGAGUCCUCUACACGAACAGAGGUGGACACUAACCAAUUUGGAAUGGAGAGUCUCCCUGAGCCUUGCCUUGGUGGAAGUUCUGUGCCACAACCAACACCUUGUCCUGAUGUGUGUUUCUGCUUCACUGACGAGUAUGGACCAGCACUAGACUGCACUGAUAACAACAUUGAGGCGCUUGUGCCGCUAUACACCAGCUACACGGAAAUCAGGUUACAAUACAACCACAUUACAUAUCUGAACGAAACUUUACUUUCAGGUCAAACGAGCUUGCUUGCAUUGAAUUUGAGUCAUAACAGCAUCGCUGCUCUGCCGGUGAAUAUUUUCAAACCUUUAAAUUCCCUCAGCAACCUCGACCUAAGCCACAACCAUCUAACCAGUCUUCCAGAAGAUGUAUUCAAAAAUUUGACUGGACUCCAACGCUUGUUCCUGGAAGCAAACAAUCUCACAUUUUUUUCGGAACAUUUAUUCAGUGAUUUGACAGCUAUGAGAGAAUUACAUUUAGGGUUUGAUAAACACUUGGAGCUUAUAAGCGUGGAUUCUUUUCAAGCUCUAAGGAAUAUAAAAACCCUUUACAUUACUCAUUGCGGUCUUCGUUCGAUCCAAACAGGGCUGUUUCGCAAUACAACAAAUCUCAAAAAAUUGCAUUUAGAUCACAAUCGCCUACGUUCAGUCGAAAGUGGUGUACUAAGUAAUUUGCAUCAGUUGAUAUAUCUUGAUCUUAGUAACAAUUUAAUCGAAACUGUUGAGAAUGAAGUUUUCCAAGGAACAAAUUUAGAAAAUUUGUACUUGAAUAAUAACAGAUUAAAAAACAUACAACUUAAUUAUUUAGACAAUGUGUUCGAAUUUUCUCUAAGUUAUAAUUUACUAAUUAGUAUAAAUUUCAGUCACACCCAAAAUAUAUUUAUUUUGCAGUUGAACAACAAUGAGUUGAGUAAUUUAGACCCAAAUACUUUUAAAGGACUUUCUAAGUUACGUGUUCUCGACUUAUCAAACAAUCCUCUACAUAAUAUUUCACAUGAUUUGUUUCGUGAUGUCAGUAAACUUGGAUACCUAAACCUCGCAAACACGAGUUUGACUUUCCUUCCAACAGAUGUUUUCUCAAACUUGGAACUUCUAGAGAAUUUAAUAUUGGACCAAAAUAAUAUCCAGUUUCUUACGAGUGCAGAUUUCAGAUUUCUUGAAUUCCUGAAUACUUUGUCACUCAGCAUACACCCCUACGGGAAUUCAUCAGAAGUAGCUGUACUAAAUUACAAAAAUAUAACCUUUAUUGAUUACUUGUACAGCAAACCAAAUCUGGUGGAAGUAAAUUUGACAGGCCAUACGAUAUGUCAACAAAUUGAAAGAGAACGUAUUGUAAAAUAUUUAUUUGUUCCUUUAUCAAGUGUAGACAUAUGUUCCGGGUGAAAUUAUGUGGGGAUUGUUUUGAUGGUUUGGUGACUAGUGACAUGUGUACUGUACGUGCCUAAAAAAAUCAUAACAUGAACCACAUAACUUGUUGAAGCUGUCAAGAUACAUUGCGAAUAUUCCCUACCAUCAAAAUAUUAUUUGUUUUUUACUGGCACAUCAAAAAUAUUUCUCUGAGAUUAGCCAGCUCUAGUGCAGUGUAGCUAGAUGUGAGUGACCUCAAUAUCAACUUUUGUUCUCUGAUAGGAUUAGCUAUAGCAUCGCGGAUAUUUAAAAAGUAUCGUGGACUCGAUCCCAAUCCUCCGCAUGACUCCAAUAAUUUAUGAGCACCAAAUUCUUGCCUGAGUUUUUCGGAUCCCGUCCCUCUAUAAUCUCGGAGGUCUCGUUACCUUAAGCUUUCAUGUAUCACCGUGUGACAAACAUUAAUUUAUUUUUUAUCUGUUGUUUUAUAUACAUUGCAGCUACCUUGAAUUUCAUGGAUUUUAAACUGGACAGGCUUAAUAUUUUUAUAUCACAAUCACCAUGUUCAGCUGUCAACAUUUGAGAACAGUUUCAAUCAUGAAAUGUUCACAUACAGUAUCAAAUAAAAAGAGAGUUAUUUUUUGAAAUAUUUAAAUCUAAACUCGCUGUUUAAUGAACAUGGAUUAUUUGAUGACUACUUCUUAUUCAUUCCUCCUAUAAUCAUCACAUUAAAAUUAGAGCGAUAAAAAGUACUGUUUAGAUGUCAUAACAAAUGGCUGGUUCUAAUAAGACUAGCUAGAUUGACAGAUCUUCCGUUUAUGGUCAGCAUGAAGAUUGAUCAUGAUGUGAAAUUAGGUUAUUGUUACAAAGAAGAUUGGAGGAGGAAGAUGUUACCCAUAGGAAACCCCCUCUUACAGUAGAAAUUGUCAUGUCCACCAGUUUUGCCUCGGCUGUUAUGAUAGCACAAGCCCCAAGUGCGCCACCCAUCCUACAUAAUCUAUGGGGAGGAAAGUUAGUUCGCCACCCGCCCCUAGAUAACAGACAAAGGAUAAUGUAAAUUAAGGAAACUUUGUCAACCUGCCCAGCAUAAUUCAGGACAAAUAUGUAAAUACCCAGUGAUGUAACAAGAAGCCUUUGAAUUAUACAAGUGAAUGUAAAUAUUAUUGUAAUUCUACUAUGCAUGCACAGGAAUGGUACAGGUGUGCCCACCCUGAUGAAUAUGUACAUGCAUUGUAUAUUUACUCUGGCUGGGAAAUUAUAUUAAUAUAAUAUUUGAACAGUAGUAUGUAAGUAGCGACUCCCCAGCGCACUCAUCCCCCUACCCCAGUCUCACCCACCGGCUCUCCUGCUCUUCCCCUCAUCCCCCCCGACCGCCGCCCCACGAAGCCCUAUACGGCCGGUGACAGUCCUCGGCACCCGCGGCCGCAGCCCAUCUCGGCCAGACUUGCUGCACGGCUGCAAGAGCUCUUCGGCCCAGACGCCUGAUCGCGUCACUCAUCGGGUGUUGUUACCCCCACCGGAUAAUCUUUGCCCCCACCUGAACCACUCCAGGGUUCCCCGCAGAAGUUUGGGACAAGUUAAAAUGCCUUGCUGAAUACCCUUGUCAUAGAAACUCCUGGACUGCGUAGCCUGGGAUAUAAGUGGGGAUAUCAACGAUGUGAGUCAGGCUAUUACUAUUUUAGGCAAUCACGGAUAACAUUUUAUUUCUUACUCAUAAUAAUGAUACAAAAUCUUUAACAAAAUUUUAAAAUGAACUUACAUAAAAACUUUAUUUCCAAACUGUAAAAAAAUUAUUAGUAUGUUUUAAUGUAUUCAUUUUUCAGUUUCCACAUAAAAUAUUUUUAAAAAUUUGUCUCUUAUGAAUUCUAUAAUUAUGCAGCAAUGUAACAUGGACUUGGGAUGAAAACAAAACAUCUUAAUUGUAAUGAAUUCAUGAGUACAUGCCCUAUACAUACUAUUCGUAGUGUUUUAUGUAAUGAGUGUACUUUACUUGAACAUACCCCAUUGUAUUCCGCUUUGAUAUUUCAGACAAUAAUACCAUUAUGGUAUUAUUAUUGAUGCACAAAGUGCGUCGGAUGUGUGUUUGGGUUGUGGUAGGGAAAAUAUUUUGUACAGAGGAGUUGUGUGUGUAUGUGGUGAGAAUUCAGUGUUUUGGUUUGUAAAAAUAAUGAGCAUUUUAAUAACUAUCUUCAUGCUGAUUAAUUUUGAUUAUGUAAUUUGUCAUUAAUUUUUUUUUAUUAUUUCAACAAAUGUCAUUAGUGAUUUGUGUCUUCAAUGUGAAAAAUGAUAUUAAAUCAUGAAAAAGUUAUUAAAGUUU